AUGCCUCCUCCCCCUCUCACCGUGCAAUACAAAGAGGCCCAUGGCAGUCAAAUCCACACCGACAUCUACCUCCCGCCAUCAUUACCCUCAUCCUUCGAUGGAAAAGCGAAGAAGUAUCCCGUCCUCAUCAACAUCCACGGCGGCGUGUUCAUGCUCGGCCACUCCCGCAUGGUGUCCAUGCCGCAGAUCGACGACUGCCUGGCGCGGAACUGGAUCGUGGUGGUGCCGAACCAUCGCCUCUGUCCGCAGGUGAAUAUCCUCGAGGGCCCGAUGACCGACUGUCGGGACCUGCUCGCCUGGAUCUACGACGGCCACCUCGAUGCGUUCCUCGCCAGCGACGCUGCCACGCCCGGCCAGGGCCUGCCGUACCAGGUCGACAUGGAUCGCGUCAUGGCAUUUGGGACGUCGUCGGGAGGCACGCUGGCCUUGUCCCUGGUACAUCCAAACAUCCAAACCCCCAAUCCCCCAAUCCCCUCUCAAACUAACCACCCUCCCUCAACUCAGGGCUACGACGUGCCCCGCCCCGUCGCCGCGAUCCUCAACUUCUACGGCGCCGUACACUUCACGCACCCCUUCUGGACGAUCCCCCUCCCAGCCGUGGCCCGCACCCUGCCCCCUCUCUCGUCCUCCUUCCUACAGCAGAUCUACGCCGAACACCCCGUGCCCACCGACAGCUCGAUCUCGCUAGAAGGCCAGACCGAAACCGGGGUCUCCAAGGGGCCGGACUUCUCGCGGCCCCGCGACGCCUUCGCCCUCACGCAGGUCGCCAACGGCACGGUCCUGCAGGCGUGCUACCCGGACGGCGAUGUGCGGGAAAUCGACCCCGUGUGGCACGUCGGGGACGGGUUCCCGCCGACGUUCAUCGUGCAUGGCGACGCGGAUACCAAGGUGACGGUGGAGGUGAGUCGGGAGCUGUGGCGCGUGUUGAGGGAGAAAGGGGUGCGGUGCGGGAUGGUCGAGGUGCCGGGGGAGGAUCAUACGUUUGCGAUGGGGAUGGCGGUGGGGUCGAGGACGUGGGAGUUGCAGAGGGAGGGGUUUGAUUUUCUGGAGGGGGUGAUCGGGUGA